GCCACCUACUGCAAUGGAGUAGGACGGGGGAUCAGAUCCCAGCUCCCGGACCUGUUCAAAAGUUCACCACCCACGACUGAACUAGGUCCAGAUCUCCCCAAGCUCUCACUAAAAUCUGCGGCACACCGCGAUCGCAUAUUCCGUCUGUGGGACCCACUCCCCAUGCACAGCAGCAAGUGCACACACCAGCGUGUCCAAAGGCAAACAGGGGCAAAUCUUCAGAUGCUGGAAAUUCAAGCAACACACACCCACCCCCCCUCUGGAGGAGCUCAGCCGGUCAGGCAGCAUCUAUGGAAAAGAGGCAACAGCCAACGUUUCAGGCCGAGACCCUUCAUCAGGACAGGAAAAGAAUAUGAGGGGUCGUGCGGUGACUUCAGCGAAGAACUACAAUUCCCAGCGCACACUGCGCAAGGUUCGCGCAUGCUCACUGAGUUAGUGAAGAUGGAGGACACGUUACCGGAGGAGCCGGGCCGGCAGAGUCCCGAGCCCGAGGGGGAACCGGAGCAGCAGCCGCAGACUUUCCGAGAUCUGGGUGUGACUGAGGUUCUGUGUGAGGCCUGUGAGCAACUGGGAUGGAAAUCUCCCACCAGCAUCCAGAAAGAGGCUUUGCCCGUGGCCUUGCAAGGGCGGGACAUUAUUGGCCUGGCUGAGACUGGUUCUGGAAAGACGGGUGCCUUUGCUUUGCCGAUUCUGCAAGCCCUGCUGGAGAAACCUCAGCGCCUCUUCGCACUUGUCCUGACGCCAACCCGGGAGCUGGCCUUCCAGAUCUCUGAGCAAUUUGAGGCUCUGGGUUCAUCGAUUGGAGUGAAGUCCGCGGUGAUUGUGGGUGGAAUUGAUAUGAUGUCACAGAGUCUUGCUUUGGCGAAGAAACCACAUGUUAUCAUAGCCACGCCAGGCCGCCUGAUGGAUCACCUGCAGAAUACGAAGGGCUUUAAUCUGCGAGCGCUCAAGUACCUGGUGAUGGAUGAAGCUGACAGAAUCCUUAACAUGGACUUUGAAGUUGAAGUUGAUAAAAUUCUCAAGGUGAUUCCCAGAGAGCGGAAAACCUAUCUGUUCUCAGCUACGAUGACUAAGAAGGUACAGAAGCUCCAGCGAGCUGCCCUGAAAGACCCGGUGAAAUGUGCCGUAUCAACCAAGUACCAGACAGUGGAGAAGCUGCAACAAUAUUACGUAUUUAUUCCUUCCAAGUUCAAGGAUUGUUACCUGGUUUACAUUCUCAAUGAGCUUGCUGGGAAUUCCUUCAUCAUCUUCUGCAGCACGUGUAACAAUACCCAGCGCACAGCGUUGCUCCUUCGCAAUCUCGGAUUUACCGCCAUUCCCUUGCAUGGCCAGCUGAAUCAGAACAAACGAUUGGGUGCUUUGAAUAAGUUCAAGGCCAAGUCUCGGUCGAUCUUGCUAGCUACGGAUGUGGCGAGCCGGGGCCUGGAUAUUCCUCAUGUGGAUGUGGUUAUAAACUUCGACAUUCCCACGCAUUCUAAGGAUUACAUCCAUCGGGUGGGGCGCACAGCCAGAGCCGGCCGCUCGGGGAAGUCCAUCACCUUCGUCACCCAAUAUGACGUGGAGUUGUUCCAGAGGAUCGAGCACCUGAUUGGGAAGAAGCUCCCAGCAUUUCCCACGGAAGAGGAAGAGGUCAUGAUGUUGGUGGAACGCGUGUCGGAGGCACAGAGGAUCGCGCGACUGCCCCUGAACUGUUCCAGCAAACCACUUAUUUCAGGCAUUGAGGGAUGAGCAAUAUUGCCAAUGAUGCCUACCUACCACCUGGGAAUGUAUACAGUUCAUCCAUCAGCUCCUGAACCAGCAUGGAUAACUUCACUCACCUCAACUCUGAACAGAUUCCACAACCUACACACUAACUUUCAAACACUCUACAGCACAUUUUCUCAGUAUUAUUUGUUUUAGUGUAUUUACACAGUUUGUGUUUUGCACAACAAUUGUCUAUCAUAGUCAGAAUCAUAGAACACUACAGCACAGGCCCUCCAGCCCUUCUAGACCGUGCCGAGCUACUAAUUUGUCUAGUUUCAUCGACUCACGCCUGAACCAUAGCCUUCUGUUCCCCUCCCAUCCAUGUGACAAUCCAAAUUUCUCUUAGCCAUUGAAAUCGAACCGGCAUCCACGGCUUCCGCUGGCAGCUCGUUCCUAGUUCCCACCACCCUCUGAGUGAAGGAAGUUCCCCCUCAUGUUCCCCUUCACCCUUAACCCAUGACCUCUCAUUCUAAUCUCACCCAUUCUCAGUGGAAAAAGCCUGCUUGCAAAUACCCUAUUUAAAGCCCCUCGUAAUUUGGUAUACCGCUAUCAAAUCGCCCCCUCAUUCUCCUGUCCUGUAGGGAAUAAAGUCCUAACCCACUCAACCUUUCCUGAUAACUCAGGUUCUCAAAUCCUGGUAACAUCCUUGUAAAUAUUCUCUGCACUCUUUCAAUCUUAUUAAUAUCUUUCCUGUUUUUUUUAAAAAAUGCUAUUGGAGAUAAGUUGCCCAUUUUAGAUAAAGACCGCAAACAAUCUUUUUUAGUGAUAGGAAAUGUAUUUAUGUAUUAAGGCAAUGAAUAUGUGAGGAAAACCAAGUGUGUGUGUAUUUUUCUAUGAUGUCCCAUGAGACCCAGGCUGAUCUAUAUAUACCAUCAGAGGAGGUAGGCUUGGUACACUGUGUGCUGUAUGAGCAGGAAUGGUUCAAACCUUGUUUAUACAAUUCAUACUUGUGACCGUGUAGAAUGUUUUUAAUUAAAUCUCAUCACUGGCAAAAUUAGUUGUUUAGAAUGUUGUCAGAAUUAAUUGCCUUUCUGGGAACCGUCUCCAAAGUUGAUUCACAUUUGGAUGCAGAAUGACAAGUGAGUGGGCAGGGAGGUGAUUUAUUUUCUUGCGUGGGACUGCUUGUUUCUAAGAUGCCUAACUAUCUGAAUUUUACGAUCCUGCCCCCCCCCCCCCCCCAACUCCCAAAGACCAUGAGAAGGGCUUUUCAGGCUCGGUAAAACGCUUUGUGAGAGAGACGCUUUGCAGCUUGGGGUGUCGGAGUUCAAUUUCAAUGUCCUCCCUGUGGAAUACG